GAUACAACGCUGAAGUUCAUUGAUAAAUAAAUAAAUAAAUUGUCAUAUUUGAUCUGCGUUCCUUGAACAUUAAAUUAAUAUGGCUUUUUUAGCGGUACUUACAGCUGAUGGUGGCGUACCCAUUUUCACUCGAAAUUCGGGGGAAGUUGUAUCGGUAAAAUAGUUUGGUAAAACUAAAGAACACAGUAUACAUUUUUCGCUAAGCUUUGCCCAAAUCGUUCCAGACAAUCGAAAACUUGUGAAAUAUUAACUAAAUGAUCUGAUUAAGUUGUCAUAUUUGGUAAUUUGUCGCUUUUAAAAAAUAAGUUUGUCGACGAAGCUUCCUUUCGCAGCUAUUGGUUCUUUAAAUGGUGUUCAUAUGUUUACUCGUUUGAGGAAUAGUGAAUUAAAGAGAGCAGUUACACCUGAAGAGAAAAUUAUUUGGCGGGAAUAUCAUAAAAGAUUGGUUUUGAUAUUGAUUACAAAAAAUGAUGCUUGCAGUGACUGUCAUAUGUCUAAUUUACUAGACAAUAUUUUUGCUGGAAUGGCCAUGCUCAUUGGGCUAGAUCAGCUGUUGAAACCUGGGGAAGUUAUGAAGCUUCAGAAGUCAUUAGUGAUCUGCCAUCCAUUGGUUGAUUGUUUUCUGAAGCAAUUGGAUAAAGACAAAGGCAAUAUGGGUGAUUUGACUCGGACUAGUGACUGCUUAUUAGCUACUGAUACACACAGCCUGCAAGAAUGUUUGAACCAAUUCUUGGAUGUUGCUGAUAGCUUAUAUGGAUGCUUACUAAUUAAAGGCAAAGUUGUUGUAGCUUCAAAAGAAUGGUGGACGUUAACUAAUCAGGAACAAAAUUUAAUUUGCUUUUAUGUGAACUGUUUACCUAAAGUUUUAUCACGAGAGAUUCUUAUAUAUUUGCCAACAUCUUCUCCGCAGAAUUCAAAUAGAUUAAUAACUUUGAAUUUACUGAGAGAUGUUGAAGUGUGUGUGUUGUGCUCAAGUGAGCCACCUUUGGGAGUCUUAGAAGAAGAAGCACCCAAAAUUUGGAAAUGUUGCUUCGAUACAUUAAAAGUUACAUCUAGUUUAUACCCUAGAAACUUUCCAUCUUCAAUUGAAUUAGACCCCAACAUCAUUUGUUUGUUGCUGAUCCAUUCUGAAACGAAUCAAUCACUCUGCAGUUCACUGACAUCUAGUUUUGCUACUCAAAAAUCGACAUCAGCACUUGAAAUACAGAGACAACAAGAAGCUUUAAGGACUUUAUAUAAACUUAUAGUUGGAACGUAUUUCAAAAACAAAGAUUCUGAGAUGGACAAAAAAUUAUUGGCAGAUAAUAUGUGUUCCUCAUUUGACUAUGGUGAUAUUGAUUAUGGGAAUUGCCAGCCUCUGGAAUAUUACAUAUUUUUAGAAGAAAACAAAUGCUACGUGAUUAAUGAGCAACCAUUUCAGAUUUAUCUAGUAUAUAACAAAAUGAUACCAAAUUACGCUCUAAGAUCUGUAUCUCAUAAAACAUUGAAACUACUAACUGAAAAAAAUUUAUUCCCUGAGGUAUGAGAAUUCGUUUACAAGAAUUUCGUUGAGAAUGGAAGAAAUACCGAGCGAUUUUUUUGUAUUCCUUUCCUAUAACAGGAAAAUUUUGUGAAAAUUUUAAGUUGCUUCGGCGCAGCAUAUUCUGCAACAGGAUCUUGUGCCAAAAAUCUAAAUCUAAACCUAAACCUAUAACAGGAACAUAUGUUAUUUUUUAUAUUCCAGUCAGUUAUACUUUGAAUCAUGUGUCUGUUAUGCAUGUUUACAUCUUUUUAUCUGUAUAAAUCAAAGUGAUCCAUAAAUAGUCCAUAAUAGUCGAUCCAUAAAAGAAUCCAUAAAUAGUCGUUUUCAUAACAAUCCAAGUUACCGAUUUUUUCACUGCUUUCACAUAAAAAUAUUGUGGAGUAGAAAGAAGGUUUCGUAAUAAUUAACUAAUAGCUUUUUCUUCAAAAUUAUGUUUCUUUUUAUUUCUAAUGGAAAUUUGUAGUUUUUGCUACAAGCAGAAGCUUUGCAUCUUUAAUGAUGCCACAAUCAGUGGCGCAUCGUGAGCUCAUAAAUUUGAAAUGCUGUAAACAUAUUAAUCAAAAAAUGGCAUUUAAAAAAUAAUAAACCCUUACAAACCAAUAAAUUUUUAAUUUAAAAACUGUACUUGAAAUGUGUUUCAUUUCAAGCAUGUCAAAUAACCAGUAUAUAAUAUAAAUUCCUUAUAAUUUUGUAAAUAGUAAAUUUAUGUAAAUGUUGAAGUGAUAAUUCAGUAGAUAAUUCCCCUACACACUUCUGUCUAUGCCCUGUGAGCAUGAUAAUAGUCGUCCAAAAAUGAAUAUUAAAUAAAAUGUAUAAUAAAUCGUCUGCAAUGUUCAUAGUUUUUUGCAUGUAAUAAUGGAUCCUUCCUUAAAAAAAUUUCAUAUCUAUAAUGUUUUAAAAAAACUAUUUAUAUACUUUUUUAUUGAAGAGUAACCUCUAACAGAAAAAAAUAAAUAUCAUAUAAACCAUAUGCGUGUCUGUCGAGACGCCCUGCAGCGAAACUCAUAAACAACCAAUGAGAAAAUGCAGUAAAAAGAUAAGAAAACAGAGUGACAGAGUUAAAAAAAAAAAAAAUCGAUUGGACGCGCUUUAAGGGAGUCAAUUCGAACUGCAAUUCUAAUGCCGUUAAAUUCAAAGGGUUGUUUUUGUUCUUUGAAUGCUAUUCAGUUCCAGGCGAUUUGGAUGCUGUCCUGAGUUAUUCGCCGAAUAUCCCCGACCAGCGUUUUCCUAGCUUCUUGUUUCCUUUCCUGUAUUGUUUUUAAUGCCUCUUCUCCGUUUUCGCUAUCAUUGAACUCUCAAAAUUAGGAAACAACCAAAUUAGAUUAAAAAACUUGAAUGCGACAUUUAAAAAUAAUUUUAGAAGGUUUUGACGAGUCGCCAACGAUAGUGUCGAGAAGAGGGGGAGGGGGAAGCAUCUAAAACAUUAAAUAAUGAUAAGGUAAUAAAUAAUAAACAGACUAUACAAAAGAGAUCUAAGAGAGUACAAACUAGAAGCGAUUGCAGAACAGGAAGCUUUACUUGUGCUUUCAACUUGAUCUCGUGUCCUUAUUCGUGCCUAAAUUUAACAGGUUUCCAAGAGAGACAUCAGGAUGAGCAGGUUCCAAAUCUGGAAUUUCUUUAAAGACUUGAAAGUCAUGAAUUAUCUGGGUAAAUAAUAAUAAUAAAAAAAAAAGAUGUGUUGUAUUUUUUCUCUCUCAUGGAUAGUUCGAAAAUGUAACAAUGAAUAAUAUCUGUGAAGACAUUUAUUAUUAAGAAACAUAUUAGUUUGGAAUUUGCUUAAAAAACACCACCUUUCCUAGUUUCGCCAUUUUGUUAUAAUAUCCUAAUGCAUACCUAUGUGAAAAUAUCUACGAUUUCUUUUAACGGCGGUUUUCUUUUUUAUUAUUUUUCUUUCUGGUAGCGGCGAUGAGACUUUCUGAUACAAAACUUUGUUAUUCUGUGUGUUCUCAUUAACCGAUUUGAUAUGACAGCAUACUUACUGAACUAACAUAGCGAGAUCAGUACAGUUCGUCUACGGCCCAACAUCAUAUUUCACAAGUGCACAUUCAUCUUGCAACUUGUAUUUUGAAUUUUAACUAAUCACUCCUCUGUUUUUGACAGUAAGUAAGAAGUAAACAAAUACUUCAAGGUCUUCGUGAUGUUUGUUUAAGAGUUAUUACCGCCUGCUUUUAGUUAUAAAGUGUUUAGAAAUAAAUUUCCUGUGUAAAAAUUAAGAAAAAGAUUAUAUUAAUGUUAAAGAAAAUAUUUUGGCGUGAUUUUCCAGUAAAAAUGUUGAAAAAUUCAAAUAUUUUCAGAUGAAUGAAUUAAAUUCUUUGUCUUUCUUAGUAUACAUAAAAAUAAAAGUCAAUAUUUCUAUUGACAAGGCGUUUUAAAAUAAGUUGCUUUAUAAAUAAUUUGGGGACUCGAGCACUCUUAGUUUGCUGGAGCCUUUUGACAUCGAUUUAUUAAUAAUGAUUUUAAAUGAUUAUAAUGAAGCAUUAUUAAUGAUUUUAAAUGAUUAUAAUGAAGCAUUAUUAAUGAUUUUAAAUGAUUUUAAAUCUUGAAUCAAUGUCUUGUCAUAUUUGACGUAUCGUUGUUGCAGAAUUUACCUGUACCGUGCUAAAUAUAAUGCUUGGAAUUAAAUUACCAAUCAUAUUUAAAGUCUUGUAAGAAAGUGUUAAAAUUGCAAAAUUAGUUUAUCAUGGCUUAACAAAUAUGAUUGGUCUGCUAAGGUGGGAAAGACUUGUUUUGUAUGUUAGAAGGUACUUUUGUUUCAACCGACAUAAAAUGGGUUAAUACUGGAUGGCAUUUACCUUCCGAUGAAACAAGAUGUCUCAAAUGGAACUUUGUCAUCGACGAUAAAAUUAUAAUUUUGUAAGAAUCGAUAUUUGGAAUCGCAUUCACAAAUAAAUGUACGAAAACACUAACAAUAACCUGGCAAUAUUAGUUUCGAAAUCUGAACACUUAUCUAUAAUGUGAUUGAUUGAAAAUAAGAAUACUGUCCCAGGUUGCAAAAUAAAUGUGCACUCGGAAAAUAUGCGGUCCAAAAUCAUUAACUGGCAACGAAUGAUUAAGAAUAAAGCGAAGAAUUUUAUGUAGUGUAAGAAUGAUGGUUAGAGAUCUGUGAUUAACUAAUUUUAAGGAUUCUAAGACAUCUUUACUAUCACUGAGAAUUAUAUAAUGAAAGAAGAAUAAGGCCUUAACUCACUCGAAGAUUUUACUGCUUUGCAGUGUAUUUAAUAAUAAUAAAAAAAAAAAUUCUCACUUAAAAAAGGAAUUUAAUACUCUAGAUGUGAAUUGUAUCAUUUAUUUAUUUGUCCAAUUUGUCGCUUUUGGCGACCAGUUUGUUCAUCUUUAGCUUUUUACUUAUAAAGAAAUAUUAAUAUGUAUGUGUGCUUGUGCACUGCAAGAUUCGCCGUUUGUCCUGUAACUAACAAACUUGGCACGCAUAUAAUUUGGUGGAUAAGCAUCUGAACCUCGGAGCAAUUAAAAAAAAUUAAUUAGAAUUUUAAUUAAUUAAAAAUUAAAUGAAAAUGUGAAGUUUUUUAACCAAAACUUCCGAAAAUAUUACAGCACAAAAAAUAUUUUCAUAUCUUAAAAUUCAAAAAAUGACAUUUUUAAUUCUACUAAUCUGGUAGUCGUGCCUGUAUAUCGACAAUUUUUUAAAGAUAUCUGUUUGCUCUAUUUUCAACAAUAGACAAUUCACUGUUGCUCUGAAAUUCAAACCGUUUUUAUUGUUUCAUCAAACCUUGAAUUGCGUGGUUUUCUCUUGUUGUUGUAAGCAAAAGAAGAAGGAUUCUAUUAAUUAUCUAUGGAGUUUACUAGACGGAAGUUACAAGAUCGCGAAAUUAGAAGAUGGAUAAACUGGAUAUUUAUGUAAAAUCCAAUAUAGCUCAAUAAACAGAACAUAUACGACAAUUAAAGUAAACGGCUUUAAUGCUUUACAAUUUGAUGAAAUCAUAGUCAUGCGAAUGUGUAUAAAAAAUUUAACUGGAAUGAAAUAUAACCAAUAUUUCUGUCAAACCAUUUGGUCACUAAAGGUGACUAGUCGUGAUUAUUUUUUCAUCGAUAAUUGUACUGCAGAAUCAUUAGAUUUUUAUCAUUAAACUUACAUUAAAUACAAUUAAACAACAAAAGAACUCUAUCAUUACUGUCACCAGAUUUCAGAGAAAGGUAUGAUGGAACUGUGACUACACAUUUUUAAAUGAAUUUUUACUUUAAAGUGCAAAAGUAGCAUCCGUAUACCAUUCUAAAGGGCAAAGAAUACUGACAUUAUACAUUCCGUUGUAUACAUUUCCGUUGUAUAUAGGAAAAAAAUUGUAGCAGAAAAGGGUUAAAUUCAGAAUAUGUGAUAUUGUUCCCAUAUUACUACACUUGGUUAAAGAACAAAGU